UGUAUACUAGUUGCCUUGUGUGUGUGAAAUGAAAUUUAAUAUGUACUGAUGCAUUUACCGUUAAAUUAAAGUGUAGGUUCAAAAUUUCAAUAAAAUUCUAGAAACGCGGCCAUUUUUUGUUGUUCGCAUACUACCAACACCACCAUGAUAGCAAAGUUUUUUCCCUUUGAAGGAGGAGAAAGUAUUGCGCUGGGCCGAAAAACGAUGUGGAGGAUUUUCUCUCGAUUGGCACGUUUUUAGGUCCCCUGUCUUAAAAAAUAAAAAAAAUCCGCCCCCCCCCACGGAUGAUCAACCUGGAUCCGCCCUUAAAUUUAAGUGAAGAGUUCUAAAUUGGAAAAAUUCUCAAAAGUGGUGGAUGAACCAUGCUGCACUCUCUUACAACAGCGCUGUGUCUCUCAGGGAUAUUCUAUCUUUCUACAGAAGUCUGGAGCGAGGUGAAAGAUGUGGAUGCCGGGGUCAAAGGCGGAGGCGGUACGGUGUGGGCGACGGCCGAGGAGGAGGCGUUGGACGAAGUGAACGAUCCGCUCCUUUUCAAGGCGAUCGUCGACUCGAUGCGGGACUGGUCGAACAAGCAUCUCAACAAAACACGCAGAAGGAGGCGAGCGCCGUCAGUCUGUUACGACGGCGUUGGCUGCUUCGACGACACAGGCUACCUGGACAUGGCGCCCUCUUCCCCGGAGACGGUCCAGACCCGGUUCCUACUCUACUCCGGCCGUAGCCCGAGGUCAGAGUCGCCCGUCAUGGACCUGCCGUUCAUCAACAUCUCGUCCAUCGACUCUUGGAACCGGGUCAACGUCUCAUUGCCGACGAAGGUGAUCGUCCACGGGUUCGGCAGUUCCUGCGCCAACAUCUGGGUCUACGAGAUGCGCUCGGCGCUCAUGUCCGUCGAGGAGUGCAACGUCCUUUGCGUCGACUGGGAGAACGGGGCCACCUUCCCGAACUACGUGAGGGCUGCGGCGAACACGAGGCUCGUCGGCCGUCAGCUCUCCCUCCUACUUGAGGCGAUGGCGGACCGAGGACUCGAACUCUCAAAUGUCCACCUGAUCGGCUUCUCCCUCGGGGCUCACGCGGCCGCCUUUGCCGGUUCCAGGCUCUCCACCGUCUACAGGAUAACCGGCCUUGACCCGGCAGGGCCGCUGUUCGAGUCGCAAGACCCGGCAGACAGGCUCGAUUCGACGGAUGCCGAAUUUGUGGACGUAAUCCACUCCAACGGUGAGACGCUCAUCCUGGGCGGGCUCGGCUCCUCGCAGCCAAUGGGCCACGUCGAUUUCUAUCCGAACGGAGGCCGGAUGCAGAAAGGAUGCACCAACCUAUUCCUGGGAGCGUUCACCGACAUAAUAUGGUCUGGAGCUUCUCCUGAAGGCAGGUCGCUCUGCAACCACCGGAGGGCGUACAAGUUCUUCACAGACUCUGUCUCGCCCCGGUGCGGUUUCCCUGCCCUCGCCUGCCACUCAUACGAGGCGUUCCUCGCCGGACAGUGUUUCCCUUGUCCACAGGGGAAAACGUGCCCCAACAUGGGCUACUAUGCGGACGUGACUAAGGCGAGAGGCACCCUGUAUCUUGUGACGAGAGAAGAAGAGCCGUUUUGCGCGCACCAGUAUCUGGUUAGGGUGGAGAGCAGCCCGAGCUCGCUUCCAGUGGCCAGCUAUGGCAAAAUACAGAUAACUCUCAUCUCAGAUUCUCAGAUCAACGAAACGUUCACAUUGACUACGAAAGACGAUGAAGAAUUGGUGGCCGGUAGCGCCCUUUCCAAGAUCAUCGUCCCCCACCCGGCGCUGGAGCGGUUCAGCUCCCUCGCCCUCCUCUACACGGCCUACUCCGGUUGGAUAUCCAGCGGCCUCGCACAGUGGUCCGUCACCACCGUCUUCCUUAUGGACAGCCUUUCAAACAAGUGGACCGUUUGCGACAGCGAGAUCGUUCUCGAGUCGGGUGUCGAAGCGGUGUUUCAGCUCGUGAAAGGCGAGUGCAACUCGACUGAGGCCAUGUCCCUCCUAGAUUCGAACUGGUCAAACACAACGAGGACAAAUUCAUCCUACCACCCGACCGAGGUGGUCUACAUCGGGGACGAGAUACUUGAGGGUAAGGGGAACGCCACAGACUCGAACGCGACAAGCACCAACGUCGAGGAGAUCGUCGACCUUUCGCCUCCCAAGAUCGGCGCCACCCAGUCCUGGCUCUACUGGGGCGGCACCGAGAGGAGCAUCACCGUCCAACUACUGCCAAAGAGGCUGGCGCGGAUUGUCGAAGGCGCACUCUCCACCGACAGGGUUCCAAGACGGCUGUUCUCCUGGUUCACAGCGCCCCACUCCGCGCCAACGGCAAGCCAUUACAUCCCGACCCACAAGGCGGCCAAACCUGCUCGCAGAGAACAAAAGACGAGAGGGGAAUGAGCCAUACAAUUAAAAAAAAAAUCCAUCCAAUUAUUGUUAAUUUUAUUUAAUUUAAUUUUUAAAAAA